AUGGAGUUCUUCUACGAGGAGCAAGCAGCCAACAAUGGUCCUGGACCAACCGAUGGUCAAUUGCACAAUGACAAAACCACUGAGGAAGCUUUUGAGAAGUUUGAAGGGAGCAUCGAUAGGCAGUACCAGAAGACAGCAGAUGCGGUGAAGAAAUUCAUUCAGAACGAAGAGCGGGCUUUAGAACUGAACAUACCAUUGGAUGCACACAUUUCGGAAAGGGCUCAAGAUGCACUGGACUCUUUGGAUCACCAAAUUCACAACGUGGAAAACAUGGCCCAUAACUACUGGCAAAAAGUGUCGAACCCUUCAUUUUGGUCAAACGUCUCCGGUACGCUCGGUUUGCGCGGUGGAAACGAUGUGGAAGCGGAUAAGGCUAAAAAGGGAGAUUUGCCAGUAUCUUCCAGGGGCAAGGCUUCCACUCCUCCAGUGGCUGGGAACAGGACAGAAGCCGAAUUGAAGCUUUUGUCCAGUGACAAGAACAUCUACUUGAACUACAGCGGGGAGAAAUCUGAAGACGAUAAAACUGGUGGCUUUGACGUCGAUAAACAUACCUCGGAAAUAUCCGACCUGUUGAAGGUAGAUGAGACACUCUCACAAACCAUGAAUAGUCUGGUACCAGAGCAUGUCACUUAUGCCCGCUUUUGGGAAGUGUAUUUCGUCCAGAAACAAAAGAUUCUGGACAUGGAAAACCAAAGGAAAUCUCUUCUUCAAAAAGAGUCCACCAACGAAGGCGCUCCAGUAAGUUGGGAUGACGAGGACGAAGAUGACAAGCCAGACUUGACCAAAGACGCCGCAAGUGAAGGCGUGAAAGAGGCCAAGACGGACAAGGUUUCUGGUAGUCAGCAACCGCUAGAUGGUAGUGAUGAGGACGACGAUGACUGGCAGUAG